AUGACGCCAGAGCCUCGCGCGGAGCACGCCGGGAAAGCAGCUCGCUCUGCGGAAGCGCGGCGAGAAAUGAGAAUUCUCCCGCCUGCGCCCGGAUUGGUCGGCGCUGCGGGGAUAACUCUGCUCGGAUUGGCCGGCGGCGGCGAUCCAUGGGCGCGAGGCUGUCGCGGAUUGGCCGGUCCGGUGGCGCGCGCGCGGGCUGUGAGUCGGUCAGUCGGUCGGUCGGUCGGUCUGUCUGUGAACAGCUGCGCGGCCAUGAGCUGUCUGACCGUGCCCGGCGUGCAUCCCGGCUCACCCAGCCGCCCGCGUGGGCAGAUCCAGGUGAUCUUCGGCCCCAUGUUCUCUGGGAAGAGCACAGAGCUCAUGCGGCGCGUGCGGCGCUUCCAGCUUGCUCAGUACCGGUGUCUGCUGGUAAAAUACGCCAAGGACACCCGCUACUGCACCACCGGCGUCUCCACACAUGACAGGAACACUAUGGAGGCCCGCCCUGCCUGUGCCCUUAAGGAUGUGUACCAGGAGGCUCUGGGCUCUGCAGUCAUUGGCAUCGAUGAAGGGCAGUUUUUCCCAGACAUUGUGGAGUUCUGUGAAAAGAUGGCCAACGCUGGGAAAACCAUCAUUGUUGCUGCUCUUGAUGGGACUUUCCAGAGAAAGGCUUUUGGGAGCAUCCUGAACCUGGUCCCGCUGGCUGAGAGCGUAGUGAAGCUGAACGCUGUGUGCAUGGAGUGCUACCGAGAGGCCUCCUACACAAAGAGGCUGGGAGCAGAGAGGGAGGUUGAAGUGAUUGGAGGAGCAGACAAAUACCACUCUGUCUGCCGAGCUUGCUACUUCCAGAAGAGGCCUCAACAGCUUGGGUCAGAAAACAAGGAGAACGUGCCCAUGGAGGUGAAGCAGCUGGAUAUGCCAGCCUCACGGAAGAUCUUUGCUUCUUGAUUGCUGCACUCCGGUGUGGGGGGGGGAGGGAGAGGAUACAAGGAAAGAAGCUAAAAGUUGCAGCUCCUGGACUUCAGAUCUGGCUUCCCCCCCCUUUAUCAAAACUGUUAAAUGCCAUAGCUCUACCUGCCAAACCAAGCUGCUCUUCCUCUGCUCCAAGUGCCAGGAAGGAGGGCAAUCAGCUGGACCUGAUGGCAGGGAGAGCUGAAAACAGAGUCUGACUAAAAGGGAGUUGCUUUCCCAGAACGUGGAAAAAAGAUUUAAUUACUGAUGCUGCCAUACAAACAUGCUGGAAAGCUGCCACACCAACCCAGGCUGUGGGGCACUGACAACUUGCCUGGUCUGCCCUCCUGCUCCUGGCACAUGUUCAGACUCGCCACCGGUAGCCAGGUCACUUGCCUGCAAACAGCCUUUUCCGUGUGCUGCUGCUAAAUUCUGGGUUUCUUAUGACAGCAGACAGUAACCUGGCUUCUGAAAGCCACUUCCUUUUUAAUACAGCCUGAGGAGAUGCCCCUUCCCUUUCUAUGCAACAGUGGCACAACUUCAACUGACACAGAGCAGCAGCCUGGCCCUUUGCAGUCUCUUAACAAUUGUGUAUAGCCAAUUAGCUUGCUGUUAAAUUUGCUGUAAAUACAUGUUUUUUUGUUUUUGUUUUGUUUUUAAAUGGAGGAGGGAAGAAGGAAGGCUUGUCA